AUGAAACCUGUCAGCAAUAACAAUAAAAUCUAUAUUGCGAAAGACACAGUAAUACGGUUUUCGGUGACCAAACGAGGUAUACCGAUUCUCCACGUCGGCGGUUACAAGUACAACGAGAAGCAUCGCAGCCGUUUCGGCACCACGUACUGGUCGUGCAACCGCGCCCGCACAGAGAUGCAGUUCUUCAAAUCUCCGAAAGGUUUACCGAUCCUCGAACUCUCCGGGUACAGAUACAACGUGAAGCAGAGGAACCUCGGCGGCACAAUGUACUGGGCCUGCAACCGAGCUUACAAGGAAUUGAUAGCGUUUCCAAGUCGCUACAAGAGUGACCUAGUCACUGCUAUUCUCCGAGCUCGCUUCGCCAGGGAGACCACCAAUAUAUUCAUCGGUGGCCACAAAUACUUCAGACACUCUCGCUCCCUCAUCGGUGACAGGAUCAGAUGGACUUGUUCCAAGAAACACAAGCACAAAUUGUGUCGCAUUAUAAAGCAGUAUAACGGCACAAAGCUGCUUUUGUACAAGGAGUAUUCUUACAACAGGAAGCGGACCACCAAGCACGGCUACUUCAAGUGGUAUUGCAGUAAGUAUCACAAAGGCUGCAAGGUCACCCUGGUCACCAACUCUGACCUGGUGGCCAUUGGUACUUCUGGAGAUCACGAUCAUGAGCCCCUCGCUUACUACAGAGCACCGAGCGGGAAUUACGUCAGGGUCAAAGAUAACCAGCAAAUGGUUUUUUAUCCAAGUACAACGCAUAUUUAG